UGUGGUCUGCUUCUUCGUCUUCUUCUUUCCUUUACUCCUUUCCUUUCCUUUGGUUUUUAUAGAGUCUCUCUCAUCUCUCUUUCUUUCUUUCUGUGUCUCUCUGAAUUCCUGCACAAAAGAAAAUCUUAAUAAAAGAAAAUAUAUAUAUAAAUAAAGAGAGAGAAAGGGAAAAUUCCAAAAUAUUGAAAUUGAAACCUAUUUUUGUUUUCCCUCUUUUCUCUCUCUAUCUUUCAUUUCUUGGAACCUAAUUUCUUCUUCUUCUUCCUGAACCUAACUCAGUAACCCUUUGCAUUCUUCCAAUUCCGAAUGUGAAACGAGUUUUUGUUGUUGUUGAAGAGUGAACGUGGUGAUUUUUUUCAAAAUCUUAGCGAAAAUGAAUGAUGGUAGACAAAUGGGGUUGCAUUACAUGGAUAAUGGCUUCCCUUAUGCUGUUAAUGAUAGCAACUUUGUGGAUUUCUUCCAAGGAGUGUCGCACGUUCCAGUCAAUUAUGCCUUUGCUGGCUCAAUGCCUGAUCAGGAAUGCGUUUACUGGUCGAUGAACAUGAAUCAAUAUAAGUUUGGAUUAUCUGGUCCAGGAAGUACAUCCUAUUAUGGUUCUUAUGAGGUAAAUGAUCAUUUGCCUAGAAUGGAGAUCAACAGGGCAGAGUGGGAAUAUCCUUCAGUAACAAUCACUGAGGAGCCAGCUACAGCAGAUUCUCCACCCAUAAGAGAGGGAGUCACAAGCAUGCAGACCAUCCCUGAAGAAUGCAGUCCAAAUCAUCAUGAGUCCGAUGGCAGCCAGGUCAUAUGGCAAGAUGAUAUUGAUCCUGACAAUAUGACAUACGAGGAACUACUGGAUUUGGGGGAGGCAGUUGGAACUCAAAGCCGAGGUCUCUCGCAAGAACUUAUUGAUACACUUCCAACCUCCAAGUACAAAUUUGGAAGUUUAUUCAAACGAAAAAAUUAUGGUAAAAGGUGUGUCAUUUGUCAGAUGACAUAUAGAAGAGGUGACCAGCAAAUGAAAUUGCCAUGCAGCCAUGUCUAUCAUUGUGAAUGCAUUACCAAAUGGCUUGGCAUUAACAAGAAAUGUCCAGUUUGCAAUAUUGAAGUGUUUGGUGAGGAAUCAACCCAUUAGCAUCAACAUGGGCAAAAUGGAGAUUUCCGCUUUUAAAUCCUUACACAUAGCCAUAGGUAGUUGGAGUAGAAAGAACUGUGGCAGCGUGUCACACUAUACAUGUUUUUGUUUACUAGAAACAACCAAAAACAGUCACAUAUUCUAGCGGUUAAUGUUAGGUUGGUUUGUCUUUUUUCUUUUUCUUAAAAAAAAAGGUUAUUUAUUCUUAGUCAUGUCCCUUUUUGUUCUUGUCUCAAGGAUUGGGAGUGAGAAAUGUGCUUCUCAGCCAUUGGUUAACAGAACUGAAGAGCUGUGAUAUGUCUUCCAAAUGUUGCUCGUAACUCUUCAUAUGUUAAAAAUACUUGAAAAGAAGAAAAAGAGAGAAUGAUGUUUUAUUGGAUCGUUUAUUAAUAGUUAUAGUUCAUCGAUAAAAGGUAGAUAGAAAUUAGUUGCCCAAUGCCUAUUAGUGUAGCCUGCAUAAGCCCUACUGUUCUACUUAAUUCCUUCUGUAUCCAUCCUUCAAAGUUUUUAAUAUUUGUUAGUCAACUACAUGAGGUGUGUGGGUUUGAGUUGAAUAAUUGUUUUUUAGUCCAUUCCAACCUAACCUAACCUAUUAGGAGUUGGUGAUGCGUUAUUAAGGGACUCAGUUUUAUUGUUAAAGUGGUGGUAGAGAAUUUGGAAGAGGAUAGAGUGUUCUUGGUAAUAAUUUAGACCCCUCUUCUAUGAAUGAUCAAAUUAGAGAGAAGGUGAUUAAGGCAUAUGAAUUAGAGAUGCUAGAGGGGUUACAUUAUAGCUUCACAUCGGAAGCGUGGAGAGGAUUAGUUCCGCCAAAAGUUGAACUACUUGUUUGGUUUGUACUGGUGGAAAAAAUUUAACACAAAAGAUUGUUUGUGCAUAUUGAACAUUUUAACCGAGGAGAGCAACGCAUUUUGUGUAAUGUUUGAGUUAUGGUGUGGAUGGUUGUUGCAUGGAUUUUGCCUUCGAACAUCAAGGGCUGUUUUAUUAGCUGGAUAAAGCAUGUAGGGAAGAAAACACAGCAGAGAAAUGAUGGACGAUAUUGGUGAGUGGCAUUGAAAAUAUUUGUAAAACAAUCAAAAUCAACACAGUAAGACUUGAUUGAGUGGUUCAAUCUUUGAAUCUUGUAGUAUAUGCACUAGGGUUUGAAUUUGGUUUUAUCCAAAAUCAUUACAGAACACU